UAGAAACUCGUAAACUGUAGUGUAAAGUGUUAUUGCCGUGGUGUUUGAUAUUUGUGUCACACAAAUUGUGUGUGUGUGUUUCUAAUUUGACUUACGCUAAGAAUAACUUGUCGUGUACUAUGAGCCGCAUACGACUGUGAUUGUGAAUAUAAGACUUGCCGUAGUAGGGCUAGGCUAACGUUUUUUACGGCUACGGCUACGGCUAGCGCUUUUUAGGCUAACGCUAUACGGUAGUUUUAUUCGUGUUGGGUGACACCGUGACGGUGUCGCCUGUCGUGUCGGUGAUGCCAUCAUCAUUGCCAUUGCUAGUCAUCUCUGGAUUAAUUAAGAAUGUCUUAUAACGAAGAUCAGGUUGAGUUGGAAUUUUUAAAGUCGAAGCCAGCAUGUUUUGUGGUUUGGGGAAAACCAUGUGUUGGCAAAACAACUCUUGCUACAUGGCUCUGCAAGGACUGGAACUGUAUUCUAAUCAAUUGCACAGAACUAUUAGAAGAGGCAAUAAAAAAAAGCACAGACAAAGGCAAAGAAUUGAAGAAGUUGUUGACGAGCGGUGACAUGACAACAGAUAGCGUGGUAUUCGACCUUCUGAAUGAAAAGAUUAAAUCGCCAGAGGUCAGACAUUAUGGUUAUACGUUGGAUAGUUUCCCAGUAGUAGGCACAAAAUAUAUGUCAGUUGAGAAACAACUGGAUAUGAUAUGGUCCUGGGAUUUAAAGCCAGAUGUCAUCAUAAAUCUGAGGAUACCUGACAGAGACUUGGAGAAACGAAGGUCUGAUCAAAGGGUUGACUUUCUCACCAAUAAUCUUUACACCAGGAGUAUGUACUUACCCGAUGUCAUCAAAACCGAAAAAAUAGAGACAGAAAAGGAAGAUGAAGAAGAGGCCAUGGAAGAGAACGUUGAACUGGAGGUUGUUGAGGUGUUAGAUGAAACUAUAGUGAGCCCUGAUGUUGUUCGCCGUCUGGUGAAACGACCAGAGGAUGUCAAUGACGUCCUUACUGCAGAUAUUCAACUGUUCAGAGCUCACCAGCUCAUACAGUUGGAGAAUUAUAUUGAGAAACACGACCAGCAGUAUGUCAUUGAGCUGGAUGCAAACCACGCAGUGGAUGAUGUAUACAUGAACAUGUUGGAGAGAUUAGCAGUGCUGCCAAUCCAGCGUGCGAUUGCACCAAAGCGGCUUAUGGCGGUGGAUGAUGAUAGCCUUGAAGGAGCAGAAUUGGAUGAGAUAAUGAGAGCCUUAGCAGGAAAAAACAUGGUGGCGCCUAAGUGGCGGUGGAGGCGCUCUAAGUGGCAAAACCUUUGUCCAGUGGCACUCUAUGAAGGCAAUAUGGUGGAAGGAAGACCUCAGUUUGCAGUCAGUUUUCUAGACAAGAUGUAUAUGUUGUCUUCGAAAGAAGCUGUGGAAAGAUUCACAGAGAACCCUCGGUACUAUCUCCUGCCACCAAACCCACGCAUACCAUGCAAGAUCUGUGUGCUGGGUCCACCGCUUUCUGGCAAAUCUACUUUAUGUGAGAAGCUGGCUCAACACUAUGAUGCUGUGGUAAUUUGUGCAAAGGAGCAUGAAAGCCAAUAUCUGGAAGAGAAGAAGAUUGAGAUCAUUAAUCAGGCAAAACGCCAUGCAGCCGAGAUUACAAUAACCUCAAUUGUAGACAAAAUGGCAGAAGAAGCCUAUGCAGGAGGCGCUGAUGAUAAGACGGGUGGUUCUAGCACCGUGGACGAGACCCACCCAGAUGUCGCAGCGGCGAUGGAGGCGGCGGCUGCUGAGGCCAGCAAACAGGAAGUGACCCUCACUCCUGAACUCCACGUUGAGAUGCUGCAGAGGCUGAUUGUAGCUGCUGAGAAGAAGUCAGCAUCCGAAAGAGAAGAUGGGAAAAGGCAAGGUGGUUUUAUACUGGAUGGAUGGCCAAGUUCUCAUGACCAGUGGGUAGUGAUGGUUGACAGGGGGAUGCUAGUAGAUGACAUGAUUGUCCUGACGGAUGCCGGACAAGGAUUGCCAACGCUGUUACGUCGGUGGCAUGAGACUACAGCAGGGAAAACUGCUGAGGGCACUGAGACUGAAAACUUCAAAAUGAGAGCUCAGGAAGAGCAGGCAAAGCUGGAGAACAUUGUGUCUCUGGUCACUGGAAACACAAGUCUAGAAACAAAGACUGUUGACAUCACUAACAACUCGGUGGAAGAAAUUCUCCGUGAAGUCAUUUCGAAGAUAGAAGGACGUUUCAAGUAUCAAGCGUGGGAGUAUUCACCAUUAGACCAGGAGGAAGAUGAUGAAGACAUAGGACAACUUAUGGAGGAGUAUUUUGAGCAGGCAGAAAAUGGUGUUACACAACUGGAAGACCCAGAGACAUAUAAGAGCAGGUUAAUUGCACUGGGUGAUACGAACCGUUACUGCCCAGUGGCUCUGACUGAGAAGAACGUGCUCUAUCCAGGAAACCCAGAGCUGUCAGCAAAGUUUAGAGAGAAAACUUACUUUUUCUCUACGGAGGAUGCUAAGGGAAAGUUCCUGCUGUCACCGUCUGCAUUUAUGCCUGAUAGUGAUCCUCCAAAGCCUCCCCCUCUUCGACUGUUCAUGUUGGGCCCACGGGGAGCUGGAAAAACGACAAUCGGCCGGCUUCUGGCCCAAAAACUAGGCGUUUUUCACAUCAAAUUCAGAGAGAAGUUGCAGGAGCUGAUUAUCCAUAAAACACAGCAUCCAGUUGUACCAGCAGAGUUCGAGGAAGAUAAAGAAUUUGAAAGUGAGGAUGGGAAAGAAGAUGUGGAGGCUGCUGAGGAUGAAGAACAGGACCCUAAAAAGAAGUAUGGCUUUACAGAAGAAGAAGAGAACAUCUUUUCUUUUUUAAAAGAUGGGGAAGCUCUAGCACCAGAAACUCUUGCCAGAAUACUACCUGACCUGUGGCAGAAAGAACCUUACAUGUCACAUGGCUUCAUACUUGAAGACUUUCCUCGAACACCUGAGGACACUCACUUUCUGGCCAGCAGUGGCUUCUUUCCAGAUGCUGCCAUCCUCUUGAACUUGGAGGAUUCAGCUGUAAUCUCCAGACUACUGCCGGAAAGGUUAAAUAAGUGGAAGGCAAGAAGAGAUGCCAGACAUCAACGAAAAAGAGAAGCAAAAGAGAACAUGGACAGGGAGAGAACGAUUCAGAUGAAUGCAAGAAGGAUGGAGCUGGAAGCAGAGCGUGCUGAGGCUGCAGUGAAGACGGGCGAUAGCGGCUCGGCAGGCGAGGAGGACGAGGAUGAGGCCGGCACAUCCAAGCCCAGCAUCGAUGACAUACUGCAAGAAGAGUUUCCCGAACCAGAAGCAGAUGCAGGAGAUGAUGAUGAGACAGAGACGGAAGCCAGAGAGAGGAUGCAAGGAGAGCUUGGCCACACAUAUGAGAGUGAUGUUGGCAGAAUCGAGUCAGUUAAGGAAACGCUUGCCGAGUUUCUCAUCCCUUGCAUGGAGGUAGAGGCUAGUAGGAGGCCAAGCAUCGUUCAGUGUGUGCUUGAGAGGCAAACUAAGUACAUGGUUGACUUCAGAGACAGCAUCUUUGAGCGUGUCUACCCUGUCACGCAUCAAGUGGCUAAUGCACUUCUGGGUACUGGGCACAAGGUCCUCAGCAAAUUUGGGAAGUUUUGUCCUGUGAAGCUUCAGGAAGGUGAUGUGUUCCCACCACAACCAUCAGUGUACCCAGCUGUAUACAGGCAGCAUGUGUACUGGUUGUCCACGCAACGUGCACGAGAUAGGUUCAUCAGUCAUCCAUUUGGGUUCCUAAACUGUACCCCUCCUGCACACAUGGUACCUAUACACAUGGCGGUUGUUGGACCGCCAAAGUCUGGAAAGACGAAUGUCGCCAGGAAAUUUGCAGAGGAAUAUGGAUUAGUACGAGUGUCUGUGGGAGAUGCAAUGAGGCAUGUCUUAGAGGUGCUACCCAAGUCAGAUCUGGCCAUCAAUUUGAGGGAGCAUCUGUGCCAGGGAUUGACAGCACCAGACGAAUUAGCUGUGCAGGCUCUUGAGGUGAUGCUUACGGGUUCCCGCUGCCAAAGCCACGGCUGGAUACUGGAUGGUUAUCCACUCACGCACCAGCAGAUAGGCUUGUUGACCGAGCGCAGCAUCAUUCCAGUGAAGGUGCUAGCGUUGAUGGUGGAGCCCAGGGAAGCAAUGGCACGUGGUGCGAAGGACAGGAAUUCUGCCAACAGGAUGCUGCCACUGCAUGACAGCGCGAAAAUUCUCGCUAUGCGCAUCGUGGAGUCACAAAAGCAGCUGUCUAGUGUGCAGAGUUGGUAUCAGGAGGAGCAUAAUAACUGGGAAGCCAUUGAUGGGGAACGAUCCAAAUGGUGGGUGUGGAGACAUGCUGUCGAAUUGGCGCAAAGUUCAGUAAAGCAGCUAGAAGAUUACCUGCAUCUGACUGGAAAAGGUUGCUCAGCAUCCAUAUCAGGAAUGUGUAUACGACCAAAAGAGUUUAAACAGAAGCUUGGAGAAUUUCAGUAUUACUGUCCAGUGAGCCUGGCAGAGGAUGGGCAACUCAUCGAUUGUUCAGCAAAUGAUGGACUGAGGUUUGCAGCCGAGUACAAAGGCAGGUACUACAAGAUGGCUUCAGCAGAGAAGUUGCAGCAGUUUCUCGCAGAUCCGGAGAGAUUUGUGCCGCCAUCUACAUCCCGAACCCUCCCACCUGCACACCUUCUUCCUCAGAGGAAAAGUUUAGUUGAUGUAAAGCAGAUGUUCCCAAAGCAAGCUGACCUGCAAGGCUUCUGUCCUGUGACCUAUAUUGACGGAAACCUCAAAUACGAAGCUCUGGUUCCUGGUUCCCAAGACCUAGCCGUAACAUAUGAUGACAAACUUUUCCUAUUCACAUCAGAGCAAUGUUUGGAAAAGUUUUUAAGGCUGCCAGAGAGAUAUUCAUCAGCAGUUCUUCCACAUAAGUUGCCACCUCUGAAGCAACCACUGGUUGUCACUGGUCUACCCAUGCUGGGAUACCUGGAGCAGUGUGUGUCACAUGCAAUCAUCAAGGCAUUGACUGCAGUUGGCACCUUCAAACCAAAGUUCCCAUUUCAAGAUCCUACAGUGUCAGCUUUAAUAUAUGUUGCUUAUCAUCUAAAAGCAUUCAACCCAAAAAAUUCAGACUAUGUGAAACAGAAGUAUAGGCAUCUCUUACAGAAGUACGAGGACCAGUGCAACCUUAUUGGCUAUCUUGGGCAACACAUGACAAUCCAAUACCAAUGCCCAAGGGAACGAGAAAUAGAAUUUGACUAUAAAAUGGAGAACUUUUUAAUGCUAAAAGACAGACUGCAUGUGCAACGUGUGGUAGAAUAAAGUUAGUCUGUCUAUCAAAUAUACUGCAAUAUCAGAUGGGUUAUUGCACAAAACAGAAGAAAUGUUGUACUGUGUUUACAGUUGAUACUAUUUACAUAUUAAUGAAAAAUAUUACCCUUCCUUUUUUUACUCUAUUUAAAGUAAAAAUGACAUUAAUUUUAAGCUUGAAUUGUAUUAAAUGUCAUAUUGCAUAACUGUUUUGGCUACCACUUCUCAAUUUAUCAUAUACCACACAUGCAGCUGUCAUUGUAACAAAUGCCCUGUAUCUAUGUUUAAUAAUUAGUCAAUGACACUUUAGUAUUUUACACGUGUUAAUACCAUUUAUUACCUGUAAAACUUGGUUACAAAAAUUCUAUGUAAUCCUAUUGUUACUUCUUGGUUACUUACAAUCAGUAUUUCUUCAUUAACUAUUGAUUAUUCACAUCUUGUUCUUAGAUAAACUAAGUCGCUGUGUAGAUAACACGAGGAUAUAUGCGAAACUGAAGACAUAUUUCAAAACCUUUCUUUGACAUGUACACUCAUUGAAAUGCAUUGCACAUAUUUCAUUGUGUACUAUAGCACUCCCAAGUGAGAGUAAAAAUGCAAGUAACAAAACAAAGUUUAGACACAGGUUCCACUUGUACUUUAUGUGUGAGAGAACUAUGUCAACAAUAUGCAAAAUCUAAUACUUGGCUGGGCAGCUUUAUAUGACAGAACCAUAAUACUUUCAGAACAGCAGUAAGCUAUGGUUCCACAUGCUGCCUAGUGUUAAGUUUUAAUAUUCUCUCACAUUCUAUUUGUUGUUAUAGCUAAAGAGUAUGUUACCCUUAAUAAAGGAAUUUUGUAUUUGCCAAAACCCAAGUGACCUAGCACAAAUCACAAUAAAAACAAAAAAACAAA